AUGGUCUUGUCUUUCACCCGCCUCGCCGCCUCUCGCGCCCGCCCUCACUCGACCAACGCUUUCCAAUCCAGCCUCACGAGCCUCAGCCUCCGUCUUCACCAACAGUCCCGCUUCUACGCUCUGUAUCGCAUCCGCAACCCCAAGUAUGCUCGUCGGACACUGUACUUCUCAGGCACUCUCGGGGCUUUGUGGUUCGCGGACACGGAGUUCAACGCAUCAGCGGUGACGAGGAAUCUCCGCACGUUCUGGACGCUCAACUUCAAGCCCGAGCUCAGCGAUCAGAUUCCCGCCCUCCACGCCCGCGUCGCCGAGCGUGUAUACGACCUCUUCACCUCCAAUGGUGGGCUCUACAUCAAGAUCGCCUUGCCAACAAUGCCUCCUCAUGCCGCCCCCAUGCAAGAGAAAUUCGCCAAGUUGUUCGACGACGCCCCGCAGGUACCCUACUCCGUCGUCGACAAGGUCUUCCGCCGCGAUUCGGCCGUCUUUGACGAGCGCGCCGCAGCGAGCGCGAGCAUCGCACAGGUGCACCGUGCCAAGCUCAAGCCAGAAGACGGCGGCGAGUGGGUUGCGGUCAAGGUACAAAAGCCGGACGUGAGCCAGCAGGUUGAGUGGGACCUCGGUGCGUACCGCAUCGUUAUGUGGAUUUACGAAAAGUACAUCUUCGACAUGCCCGUCUACUUCACCGUCGACUAUAUCUGCGACCACCUCCGGCGCGAGCUCGACUUCGAGCUCGAGGCCAAAAACGCCCAGGAGACCGCCCGCUUUGUCGCCGCCGAGCCGCGCCUCGCAGACAAGGUCUACGUGCCCGAGGUCUUCCCCGCGCUCUCCACCAAGAAGGUCAUGGUCGCCGAGUGGAUCGACGGCGUCCGCCUCUCCGACCGCCGCGCCAUCCGCGCCCUCAUGGGCGAGGCCUCCUCCGCCGACGCCGUCUCGCCGACGCUCCCAACAGCCGGGCCCGACUACUCACGCAUCCUGCAGAGCGGUCCGCUGAAGGGCGGCGUCGCGUGGAUCAUGCGGACGAUGGUCGAGCUCUUCAGCGCGCAGAUCUUCGACUGGGGCUGGGUCCACUGCGACCCGCACCCGGGGAACAUCUUCAAGGAGUAUGCAGCCCUCUGGCGGGGCCUCAUCACUCUCGACUACGGCGAAGUCGAGGCCGUCGCGAAGGAGUGGGGGAUCGGCGAGACGGGCUUGUUCGCGAGCGCGACGCUGAUGCGGCCGGUGAAGCUCAGGCGGAACGGGAAGGACAACGCCGGAGAGAGCGAGAGGAGACGGUGGGGCGAAAUGUCAGAGUACGAGCGGAGCGUCCAGCUGAAGGAAAAGCUGAGGAUGUUCCUCACGGACACCGACAAGAUCCCCAAGGAGCUGAUCUUCAUCGGUCGGAACAUGCGGAUCGUGCAAGGUAACAAUCAGCAGUACGGCUCCCCUGUGAACCGCAUACGCAUCACUGGCUCGUGGGCCUCUCGUUCCCUCACCGCCGACCCGUCCCUCACGUUUGCGGGGCGCCUUGCCGAGUAUCGCAGAUACUUCGCUUUCGUCUUUGCCACUUCGUUGCUGGACCUUAUGUUCUUCAUCACGAGGAGUCGGCAGUGGGUGCAGCAUUUCUUAGGCAUGAAGGGUGAAGGUUUUGAGGACGAACUAGAGCGGACUAUGAGAGGAUUUGCGAGGACCAACUUUGGAAUAGAGAUUACACAGGGUGCCUUCGAUGGUUAA